AUGACGACCAGGAAACACAACGAAUUUCUAGACGCGCCCAGCAACGACGACGAGGCCAGUGUCCGUGGCUACGAUUCCGAGGAGCAUGUGGCGGAGUCGAAAGGCCGGGCCGUGAAGAAGCGCCGGACCGAUACACAAGAUUUCUUCGGUCUAGGGUCGGACGAGGACGUAUCUGCAGAUGAGGAUGACGAGGAGUUUCGAGCAGAUGUCAAAGGCAAGGUCCGCAAGCAAUCAAAGACGAAGAAGCAAGACGCCUUAGAGGAGGAAGACGAAGAGGAAGACGAUCAUGAAGAGCACGAGGACGAGGACGAAGACGGAGGCGCAUACCUCGAAUCCACAUCCGAAGACAAAAAAGACAACGCGAAAACCCUGUCUACGAAAUCCCUCAAAAAGCCCAAGAAGGACAAGACUGGCGUUGUCUACCUCUCUUCACUGCCGCCAUACCUCAAACCCUUUGCACUCAAGAAUAUCAUGGAAAAACGUGGAUUCGGUCCAAUUAAAAAAGUCUUUUUCGCCCCGCUCGUUCCUACCAACUCCUCGAACCCGCGACGCAGUAACAAGCGCAAACUCUACUCGGAGGGCUGGAUUGAAUUCGAAUCGAAGAAGACUGCCCGUUUGGCGGCGGAGUCUAUGAAUGCUCGGCCACUUGGUGGUCCUAAGGGGAUGUAUUAUCGCGAUGAUGUUAUCAACAUGCGGUACCUAUCUGGUUUCAAAUGGGCUGAUUUGAUGGAAACUGUCCAGCGCGAGAGAUCCGAGAGAGAAAGCAAACAGCGCAUGGCAGAUAUCCGAGCAAGGAAGGAAGAAAAGGUCUUCCUGGCGGGUGUCGAAGCAGGCCGUCGUCUGGACGGUAUCACCCAAAAGAACGAGGAGAAGAGGAAGCGCAAGGCCGAAGCCGAGGGUCAAACGGAUGUCGAGCCGAAGAUGCCCGCGCCCGUGCGGAGGCGGUUCGUACAGAACGAUGUCGUUUCUGCUUCUGAUAAGGAUGAAAAGGCUAUUGGGAAUGAGGCUAAGAGGGUGCUUGGGAAGAUUUUCUGA